AUGAAUCGGCACCUGCGUUGCCAGCAGCUGGAGGCGCGUUUCGGUGGCACCGGCAGCAAGGCCAAAGCAGGUGCUUCCAUCUGCCUGCGAGUUGUCAGCUACUGUUUGCCGGUGCUUGGCAGAGCAAAUCAUCCCAUUCUUUGUUUUCUUUCUUCAAAGGCUGAAGAGGACCAAAAGUUGAUUUAUUCUGGGAAGCUGCUGCUUGAUCAUCAUUAUCUGAGAGAGUUGCUGCCAAAGCACGGGGAGUUGCAUGCUCUUCAUUUGGUAUACAACUUCAAGAUGCCUGCAAAUGUGCAAAAAACCAAUGCAGAGGUUAAAGCUGAUCAGCCAAAAUUAUUGUCAGAAGCCAGUCAAGAACAAUCUGUAUCUUCCUCAGAUGAUGAAAGAAUGACAUGCUCUUCUGGUGGGCAGUCUUCAGCAGAAGUUGGUAACAGGCUGGAAACAACUCGACACCCCUUCCAAACUGUGACUCCUGGCUUCUCUGCUUAUACAACCUACAGCAUGCUUCAGAUGUCCUGGUUUCAGCAGAUUUAUGCAAGACAGUAUUACAUGCAAUACUUGGCUUCUGCUGCUGCAUCUGCUGACCCAGCCCAUGCACAACAUUCUCAGGAGAUACCAGUGGCACCAGUGACGCCUCCAGCACCUGUUCCAGACCCCUUUCCUGUACAAAAUCAGGCGGGAAACCAGAAUGCCAUUGCCCAGGUUAAUGCAGCAGCCAACCAGAACUUGCAGAUGAAUGCCCAAGGAGGUCCUCUCAUGGAGGAAGAGGAAGAAGGUGGCAAUCGAGAUUGGUUGGACUGGCUGUACUCAGCAACACUGUUCUAUGUCUUUGCCAACAUUAUCUAUUUCUACUCCAGUCUCAGCAGAUUCCUCCUGGUUAUGGGUGGCACUGUGCUGAUGUAUCUGCACCAUGUUGGAUGGCUUCCAUUUAGACGAAGACCAGUUCAGCCCUUCCCAGGCAAUGCUCCUCUUCAAGCUGCCAUAAAUCAGGACCAGAACAAUAACUUACAGGGAGAAAAUGCAGGUGGAGCAGAUGAAUCUGAGGCAUCUCCUGAUGAGGGACAAGUUUUACAAGAACUGCAGCAGGCUAACCCUUCAUUUAGGAGUACAGCAUGGGUGUUUUUCAAGACUUUCUUUGCAUCCCUCCUGCCAGAAGGGCCUGGAGUGACGCGCAACUGACUUGUCACGUGUCUACUUCUCUGAAACUGCAGUGGGAUUUAGUCUACCUGAGUGAAUUGGAUACCAACUUCAAGCCAGGAGUGAAAGUGGAUGACACUUCCUCUGGCUUUUACUGACCAAGCAAACAAAGCUGCAAGAAGCCUUAAGUCAUUACAGCCUAGAGACUAAGAUGCUUGCCUUCAUUCCAAAGAACUUUGUUCCGUAGCAUUUAUUAGGUACCUAUGUAGAGGCUUGGCAUUGUAAACUUGUGCACUAAUUGCACAGGCUAUAAGCAGGUGUGUAAAAAUGUUAGAGAAGCAAAUUGCUUCUUUGGUGCAAUGUGAUUCCUUUUGGAAUGUUUCUAAUGCUAUUUAAAUUACACUGAGUGUAGGAUCUCAAAAAAUUGCUAGAUAUGCAUUAGCAGACUUUUAGGAAAGAUCUAUUGUUAAAAUUACUUCAAACAGUAGUUUAAAUUUUCUGUAAAUAUUUUCCUAUGAAGGAGGUAUGGUGCAAUUUCCUUGAUGGACAAAGUGGACUGUAAUUACAGGGACCUUUUAAUAAGUAAUUACCUUGGAGUUGCAGGCUAAACUUGAUGUUGCCAAAUUCAGAUAGUUUAAACUCAAGGCUUAAUUUCCUCCCUGCCAAAUCAUGGGAGAAGAAUAAGUGUGUUUAGCUCUACCUAGCAAGAAUUUCUGCAAGAUGCAAACUUUUAUGUAAGAUGCUUUUGGAUGCAAAGUUAAAACAGUCUAAUGCCUGUAUUCAACUCUGUGUUCUUACUCGAGCAACUAUCUUGUAUUACUUGUGUUCCCUUUAAUUUCUGAUAUGGUUAAGGGCUUUGAUUCCAAUAAAAUUUGCAGGCAUUUAUAUCCAUACUGGCAUACACUGUACAGCAUUUGGAAGACUACUUGUGCAAAGCAAAGGAUGUGCUCUCACUUUGGUUUUGUUGAAAAAUUAUAAGUGAAUUGGAAUAUGGGAAAAAGAUGCUUGCAGACCCUUAAACUUGGCUCCUUGGCUAACUAUUUUUCAGCAGCCUUUAGCAUUUAAAGUGCCUUGGAUAACUUGCAGUUUGUUUGCAGGCUAAAAGCUGCUAGCACAAAGGCCAUGGAUGUCUUGA